AUGAAUUCGUCCAACUUGAAUAGACCUUCACCUCCUCCCCUUCCACGCGAACUUCAACGAGAGUUCGAAGAACUCCAGCGUAGUGCCCAAAUGCCCCUCUCAUCUCCAACCCUCUCCUAUGGAGAAGCGGAGGCACAAAUGUCGUUACAUCCUGAUGCUCGCAAGCCUUUAACGCCCGAGUUUGAGGGUGACAUCAACCCCAAAACUGGAGAACAAGGAGGUCCGAAGAGGGAGCCUGUCGGGAAAUGGACUGAAGACGGCGGCGACUGGAGUUUCAAAGGACGUGUCUCUGACUUCUAG